CCGACGGUGCGAUAUCGUCCACGUCGCAAGGCCACGGCCGACACCGGCAGGCAUCUCCACGCUCCCAGCCAGUUACGACGGAGGCGUUAUCAGUCGGUCGGGGCGAAGACGACGUGCCCUCUGAAGACGGGAGGCCUAGACCUUUGUUUCGCUCGCCAGUGAGAGAGUCGGCAAUUGUAAGACUUGAGCUGGCAAGCGCGUGCUGUUUGCAACAGAGAACGUGCUCGACAAGACGCAAUGGCUGCACAGGCUCCGUCUACAGGCGCUGGAGAAGCCAUCGAGCUGUCCGUCUCACGCCAGGCGAGCCACGCAGAGCGUGACGACAAGGGCGCGGCGCGCAUCACGGAUGAAGCCGGCGACCUCGCCGUGCGGGCCAUCGCCGCCGGUGAGCCAGACGCGGCCGCGAGCAAACGUGUGCUGCGCAAAAUCGACGCUCGCAUCCUCCCGUUUCUCUGCGUCACAUACGCCCUACAGUUCAUCGACAAGACGUCGCUGGCCUACUCAUCCGUCUACGGCCUGAUCCGUGACACCAAUCUCGUUGGCCAGCAGUACAGCUGGGCCAGCAGCAUUUUCUACUUUGGCUACCUGGUGGCCGAGUACCCUGGCGUGGCGCUUCUGCAGCGCGUCUCCGUGGCCAAGUUUCUCGGCGCCAACAUUGUGCUCUGGGGCGGCGUGCUCAUGAGCACGGCCGCUUGCUCGAGCUUUGCUGGGCUCGCGUCGGUCCGCUUCAUCCUGGGCAUGACAGAGGCCACCAUCUCGCCGGGAUUCGUCGCCGUGACGGGCAUCUGGUGGUCGCGCCAGGAGCAGGCCGGACGCUCUGCGUUAUGGAUUUCCUUCUUGGGCGUAGGGGGCUGCAUCGGUGGCCUCCUCGCAUACGGCAUCGGGCACAUUGGAGGAAGUCUGGCGCCGUGGCAGUACAUCUUCCUCAUCCUAGGGGCCGUCACGGUUGCAUGGGGCAUCGCCUUUGUGAUUUUCGUGCCCGACGGGCCAGCGCGGGCCAGCUGGCUCCAAGACGAAGACAAAGUCAUUGCGGUGCAGCGGGUGGCUGCGAACAAGACCGGGACGGGUCGCAGUAGGAGGUUUGACGCAAACCAGGUCAUGGAGGCGGCCACAGAUCCCGCUGUCAUCGUGCUCGGCCUCAUCUCAUUUGUCAACGCCAUCGGCAGCGGCGGGCUUGCCUUUGGGCCGCUCAUCGUGCAGGGCUUCGGCUUCAGUCCGCUCAACACCAUCCUGAUGCAGCUGCCGCUGUCUGCCGUGCAGACCGUUGCACAGCUAGGUUCGGGCGUGCUUUCGAGCAAGAUUCGCAGUUCGCGGCUACACGUGGCCAGCGCGGCGAUGAUCCCUCCGAUCAUUGGGGCUUGCCUCAUCAACAAGCUCGCCGCGGAUAACAAAUGGGGCAGGCUCGUCGGAGUCUGGCUUCUGGGCAGCUACCCGGUGGGAUUUCUCGUAAUACUGGGACUGCUGUCGAGUAACAUCGCCGGCAGCACGAAGCGGUCCGUGGCCAGCGGGUGGGUAUUCGUGUGCUACUGCGUCGGACAGAUUUCAGGACCGCAGUUCUUCAAGAGCACCGAGGCGCCCGAGUACCGGAGCGGCAUCGUGGCCAUGUUGUGUGCCUUUUGCAUCAACCUGCUGCUGAACCAGGGUCUCCGACUGCUGUACGUGCGGGAGAACAGGCGACGCGAGGCGGGGUUGGCAGGCCUGCCCGACGAGACGAUUCAGGCGCUCAAGCGCUCAAGCGAGCUGCAAGGCUUCGAAGACGUGACGGACAAGAAGAACGCGAUGUUUCGGUAUGUACUGUGACGGCGCAGUGGACGCAUACCUAUGCGAGGGCCGGAUUCGAGGUCUGCAACGACAGGCCGAGGUUGUGUUUCCUGGAGAGGGGCCUACUAGGCAGGUAAAAGGCAGGCUAUGUCAUGAAGGCUGAAGCUCACGGACUUGUCCCCCCCGCUUGAGGUUGUUUUGAUACGAGUUAGCCAGAGCACUGCGUAGCAUCUGCCGCAGGGCGAAAGGCAAGAGCUUGUUGCUUACUUUUGUAUCGUCGGGGCGCACCCAGAGGGCUGGUGGAGGAAAGACGACACGAGGUGUGCUAGUGUCAUGCCUCUUCAGGUGUAGUUGAUCGUGUUGGUGGUGUCGGUAUCCCAGUCAUCCAUCAAUGAGAGAAGCAAGCCCGCUGCGUCGGGAGUCGGGGGAGGGACAUUGAAGACCCAGGGCCCCACGUGACGCCGUGCGGGCGGCGACCGGGC